AUGGAAGGCAACUUGCCCCAGCAGAAGUGUCGACCGGCGUCAACAGCUGUCGCGAAAGAUGACCUUGUCAUUCCUAUAAUCGAUUUCAGUCCCUUUCUUAAUGGAACACCCGCUGAGAAGCACGCAGUGGCAAUCUCCAUAACAGACGCUUUCAAGACGUCCGGUUUUCUCUAUCUCAAAGACCACAGCAUCCCACCUUCAGUGGUAUCACAAGUUUUUGGAUCAUCGGCCCAUUUCUUUGCCCGACCUCAAGAUCAAAAAGAUAGUUUACGCUGGAUGACCCCACAGUCCAACCGUGGUUACAUUGCAACGGGGCAAGAGAAGCUGACCCAGCCUGAUGAAGCUUCCGGGGUCGAAACUCUACGAGCUACAAUUCCUGAUCUCAAGGAAACCAUGGAGAUUGGCCGAGAUGAUGUGGAUGGCUCCCCGAACCGCUGGCCCGAUCAGAUCGAUGACGAAGGGAAGGAUUUUAAACAAAUCAUGAAAUCGUUUUUCGAUAUGUGCAAGAUACUUCACAUGCAAGUUAUGAGAGCGAUCGCCCUUGGCAUGAACCUACCAGAACAUUUCUUCGACGAAUUUGUCGAUGCUGGAGACAACAAUCUCCGGCUUUUGCAUUAUCCGUCCGUUUCUAAACACCUGUUUGAGAGAAAUCCAGGGCAGGUGCGUGCCGGAGAACAUAGCGAUUAUGGCUCUGUCACGCUUCUUUUCCAAGAUUGUCAUGGAGGGCUGCAGGUUCGCAGCCCCAAGGGAACCUUUGUGGACGUGACUCCUAUUGCAGACACCAUCGUUGUCAAUGCCGGUGAUCUUUUGGCUAGAUGGUCCAAUGACACCAUCAAGAGUACUCGCCAUCGAGUUGUCGAACCUCCCAGAGAAGCUGGUGAUGAACCAGAACACAGUUCAGACUCAUAUCCUGCGCGGUAUAGUAUUGCAUACUUUUGCAAUCCCAAUAGAGCCAAGUUCAUUGAAGCUCUACCUGGUACAUAUGGAGAGGAUAUACAUAGGGCCAAAAAGUAUUCGGGGAUUAGCGCUGGAGAUUAUCUUGUACAAAGACUGACAGCAACCAUUUAA